GCUGCCCCGGGACGGGUCAAUACAGUGUUGUUCUUGAUUCCCGUCGUAACUUAAAAGGGAAACUUACACAAUGUCCGGAGCCCUCGAUGUCCUGCAGAUGAAGGAGGAGGAUGUCCUCAGGCUCCUUGCAGCAGGAACCCACUUAGGUGGCACCAACCUUGACUUCCAGAUGGAGCAGUACAUCUACAAGAGGAAAAGGGAUGGAAUCUACAUCAUCAAUCUGAAGAGGACGUGGGAGAAGCUGUUGCUGGCAACCCGGGCCAUCGUUGCCAUUGAGAACCCCGCUGAAGUCAGCGUCAUCUCCUCCAAGAACACUGGGCAGCGAGCUGUGCUGAAGUUUGCUGCUGCCACCGGAGCCACUCCAAUUGCUGGCCGUUUCACUCCUGGGACCUUCACCAACCAGAUCCAAGCAGCCUUCGGGGAGCCACGGCUUCUAGUGGUCACUGACCCCAGAGCUGACCACCAGCCCCUCGCAGAGGCGUCUUAUGUCAACCUGCCCACCAUUGCUCUGUGUAACACAGACUCUCCUCUCCGCUACGUGGACAUUGCCAUUCCAUGCAACAACAAGGGAGCUCACUCAGUGGGUCUGACGUGGUGGAUGCUGGCCCGGGAAGUACUCCGCAUGUGUGGCACUAUCUCCCGUGAGCACCCAUGGGAGGUAAUGCCUGACCUUUACUUCUACAGAGACCCCGAGGAGAUUGAGAAGGAGGAGCAGGCUGCUGCCGAGAAGGCUGUGACCAAGGAGGAAUUUCAGGGUGAAUGGACGGCGCCAGCGCCAGUUGAGAACGCCUCUGCGAGGGGCUGGUGGUCAGCUCUGGGGUCAGUGACCACUAGAAGCCGUGGCUCCCCGAAGGCUGCUUGGAUCUGGUUGGUGAAGGUCCCAAGAGUGAAACGGCCAGCAAUUGGAGUGGCUCCGGUGGCAGCAGCAAACUUCAGCACAGCUCGCUGCCCAGUGUUCACUGCGGCUCAGCCAGAGGUGGCCGACUGGUCUGAGGGUGUGCAGGUGCCCUCUGUACCCAUACAGCAGUUUCCUACUGAAGACUGGAGUGCUCAGCCAGCCACUGAGGACUGGUCAGCAGCUCCCACAGCGCAGGUCACCGAGUGGGUUGAAGCCACCAGUGAGUGGUCCUGA